AUGGCUCCGGAAACGUUGAGGAGACCGCAAUUGUGGUCGACCAAGAGCGAUGUUUGGAGUUUUGGAGUGCUUCUCUACGAAAUGUUCAACAACGGCGAAAAGCCAUGGCCAGACGAUGAACCGAAAAGGAUUGCUACUCACAUACGGAAUAUCAGUCCAGAAGCGAGACCUUCAAUGGACGACCUGUGCAAACAGUUGAGAGCGCUGAACAAAACAGACUUCAAGGUAGUCAUUUCCGUUGUGCAUUUCACAGAAGUAAUUGUCCUCCAUGAGAAACUGCGUUAG